AUGCAUUAUUUCCUCCUGCUUGUCGUCGGUCUAGCCGUGGCUGUUUCAGCCUACGAGCCCAUCAACAAUGACUACCACAACACCAUAGGUGUUUAUGAAGCUGCUCGUAUCAAAAAGGCUGAAGAGUCAAUUGACUUCGACGGCAGCAGGAUCACAGGAGGAAACGCUGCUUCACUUGGUCAAUUCCCUUAUUUGGGCGGUUUACUCAUCACAUUACAAGAUGGCAGACAAUCAGUCUGUGGUUCUAGUCUUAUCAGUAACACCAGAUCAAUAACUGCAGCUCACUGCUGGAGAACUGGUAGAGUUACUGCCCGUCAAUUCACUAUUGUUCUUGGUUCUACAACUCUGUUCUCUGGCGGCACCCGUGUAACCACUAGUAAUGUUCGUGUCCACCCGAACUACAAUGCAAACACUGUAGCCAAUGACAUAGCUGUUAUUAUUUUCAACAGCAUUUCCUUAAAUGACAACAUAAGGCCCAUCGGCCUGGCCAGUGGUUCUAACCUAUUUGUGGGAACUUGGGCAACAGCUAUUGGUUUUGGUCGUACCAGUGAUUCGUCCGGUGCCUCUCCCAAUCUCAGACACGUCAACUUGCAAGUAAUCACCAACGCGGUUUGCAGACGUACCUAUGGCCGAAUUAUAAUUGAUUCCACAAUUUGUGUCGCUACUCCUAAUGGACGUAGCACGUGCCAAGGUGACUCUGGAGGUCCUCUUGCUGUAGGAAACACAUUGAUUGGAGUGACAUCAUUUGGUCAUCGUAGUGGAUGUACUCGGGGACACCCAGCUGCAUUUGGAAGAAUCACAUCCUUCUAUUCUUGGAUCCGUGGCAAUAUGUAA